UAGAAUCAACGAAAACGAUUCAUCCUCUAACCUCUCUAUAUUAGAAUCAACGAAACUCUGUUGCUAAUGGCGGCUGUUUCAACUCCCUUCAACAGCUCUCUAAAUAAACCCUUCCUUUCUCUCUAUUCCUCUAUUCCCCAUUUGGGUUUCUCUCAAGUUGUUCAAUUUCCAACUUUGAAACCAAAAUUUCUCCUUUCAAACCCCAAAACAGUUGUAAUUUCUGCCGCCAAAGCUGAUGGAACAUAUGCAAAUGAAGACGACUCUCUCACAACUUUCGACUCUUCCAUCAGACAAAAGAGUAGGCGCCAUACGAUUCAAGUGUUUGUUGGUGAUGAAAGUGGAAUGAUCAAUCGUAUUGCGGGAGUCUUUGCUCGAAGAGGGUACAACAUUGAGUCUCUUGCUGUUGGUCUAAACAAGGACAAGGCUCUUUUUACUAUAGUUGUUUCUGGAACUGAAAGGGUGUUACAGCAAGUUAUGGAACAGUUGCAAAAGCUUGUAAAUGUGAUCAAGGUUGAAGAUCUAUCCAAGGAGCCACAAGUUGAACGUGAAUUAAUGCUUAUUAAAAUCAGCGCCGAUCCAAAAUACCGCACAGAGGUUAUGUGGUUGGUGGACGUUUUCAGGGCAAAAAUUGUGGAUAUAUCUGAUCAUUCUCUGACUAUUGAGGUAACUGGAGAUCCAGGGAAGAUGGUGGCUGUUCAGAGGAACUUAAGUAAAUUUGGAAUUAGAGAAAUUGCUCGUACUGGGAAGAUUGCCUUGAGAAGGGAAAAAAUGGGGGAAUCUGCUCCUUUUUGGCGGUUUUCAGCAGCAUCAUACCCAGAUCUUGAAGGUGCAAUGUCUGCUGGUACUAUUUCGAGUACAAUCAAGAGGACCCCUAAUGGAGAAUCUAUGUCUAUGGCUGAGGGAGAUGUCUAUCCUGUUGAGACAGAUGACAACUCUGGAGUCAGUCAAGUUCUUGAUGCUCACUGGGGUGUUCUCAAUGAUGAAGAUACAAGUGGGCUUCGCUCACAUACUUUGUCGAUGCUUGUGAAUGACACUCCUGGAGUUCUCAACAUAGUCACCGGAGUUUUUGCUCGACGAGGGUAUAACAUCCAAAGUUUAGCUGUUGGACAUGCUGAAGUUGACGGGCUUUCUCGUAUUACAACGGUUGUUCCUGGCACAGAUGAGUCAGUUAGCAAGUUGGUGCAGCAACUAUAUAAGUUGGUUGAUAUUCAUGAGGUUCGGGAUAUUACUCACCACCCAUUUGCGGAAAGAGAACUAAUGUUGAUAAAGAUUGCUGUGAAUGCUGCAGCACGCCGCAAUGUUCUUGACAUUGCCAGCAUUUUCAGAGCAAAAGCUGUUGAUGUGUCUGACCACACCAUAACUCUUGAGCUUACAGGAGAUUUGCAUAAGAUGGUUGCUUUGCAGCGGCUACUAGAGCCUUAUGGUAUUUGUGAGGUGGCGCGAACAGGACGUCUGGCGCUGGUGCGUGAAUCAGGUGUGGAUUCGAAGUACUUGCGAGGAUAUUCAUACCCUUUGUAGUCUAAAGUCCCCGAACCUAAGGAAAAUGCCUGCUCUUUGCGGAAUGUGUGUGAACAUGGAUGGCUGAAUCAAGUUGCUUGAUACGGAGAUGGUCUCCUGCCUGGCUGUGACGCUGCGGCUUUCAAGUCAAGUUUGCUUUCAUAACAGUACAUGCUUCAUGGCUUUUAGCUUUAGGUAGUUGCAAGUUUAUGAAAAUGAAUAGGGUACAUUUAGACCAUUCUUUGAACAAGGACGGACCUAGUCUUGAAGAUACAAUGAGUUUUCAGCUCUUUUCUUUUCACCUUUAGUCUUUAGCUGAGAUGGUUCUUCAAUAAGCUUCACUGAAAAUGAUUGACAUCGUCAUCUGAAUGACAAGUAAAAUAUGACUAGCAUUUUUGGUUUUUAAAUCUGAAAGUGAUAUGAAACAUCUAGAUACGUGCACUUGUUCUUUUUCCUUUUAUUUAUGGAAAAAGGCAUAGAUCCUCCCAGGCUGUAAUAUUUUAAAGUUUGAACUGCACACAUUUUAUACGGCUACUCUUUCUACUAA